UUUUAUUUUCAAUUCUCAAAAAGGAAUUACUCAUCUGCUAGCUUGCUAGAGGCAUUCAUGGUUCAACAAUUCAAUAAAUAGCAGCACCAAACUCUUUAGCUUGCCCCUCCUCUUCUUACUUCACCUCUUUCCUUGUCCUCCCUAAGCCUUUCCAUAGUAAUGGAGUUAAGCUAUCCUUCAGUUCCUCUUCUCUCCAUUUUCCUUUUCCUGCUUCCUUCUUUGAUCUCUGCUCAAGUCUGCCAGAGAAACUGUGGCAAAGAAAUUCUUAAGUACCCAUUUGGCAGUGACCCUGGUUGUGGCGACCCUCGUUUCCAACCACAUGUUACAUGUAGCCAACAAAAGCUCACCUUCACCACUCACACAGGUUCCUACCUUGUUACCUCAAUUGACUACACCAAUCAAGUCAUAUAUAUCUCAGACCCCACCAUGUCAACUUGUUCUUAUACUGUGCCUAGCAAAGGUUUUGGCUUAGAUUGGGAUGCCCCAUUCACCUUUGAUGAUAGUACCAUCUUUGCUCUAGUAGACUGUUCUAUAAAUUCAUCAUCUAUAUGCAAAUCAAAUGGUUAUGAUGAUGGGAACAACUCAAAGCUUCUAUGUGAUCAGGGGACACCAAUUUGCAGUCUUUUAUAUUCAUGCAGUCCUAUUAGUACUAUCAACCUCCCAAUCUCCUCAUGCUGUGUUUACACACCAGUCAAUCUUGGUCCAUCGUUUGAAAUGGAUCUGCAGAAGCUGCAAUGCCCUUCAUAUACAGGAUUUUACAACUUCAAUGAUCAACAAUCUGAUCCUGAAAAGUGGAACUAUGGAAUAGCACUCAAGUACAAGUUCAGUGUCACAAAUGACUAUCCCAGCUCAUGUGCUGCUUGUGAAAGGAGCUAUGGAUUCUGUGGGUACAAUGGAGCCUAUAAUUCAUUUAUCUGCAACUGUCCUAAUGGGAUUAACACAACAACAGAUUGUUUCUUCACAUCAAACUAUAAUAAUGGUUUAAGAAAUGGGAUUGCAUGGUUGAUCUAUCCUAUGGCAUGGUCUCUGGUUUGGUUCUUCUUGUAGGUUAUGAUGAAUGGUACUUAACAAUCAAGCUACUGACCCAAGUAAACAAUCAAAAUACUUCUUAGGGGUUUCAUAGCUUUGAAUGUAGGGAACUUUCAUGGUUAGGGGAGGAAAUUAUGUAUGGCUUUCUUGGUUAAAAGAAUUAGGCCAUUCAAUUCCUGUGUCCUCGGGUGGCAGAUGUGUGCA